AUCAUCAAUCCCACGACUCUUCUCUCCACACUCAUGAAAAGUGCCAUUCUCUCCCUCAACUUUCAAGCACAUCGCACAUAUAAAACUGGUAGAAGCGAAAUUCUUCUCCACUGAGAAAUUUAUAGUCUUCUGACAAACUAAUACAGCAAAACUUUCCCAAAGCUCGAGAACAUAUCUCUCUCUCUCUCUCAAACACAUCUUCUGAAAAGCUGCGAAGGAUAAGACAAUGGCUUCUGGGACUGAUAAUUGUAUGAAGAGGAAAGGGAAGCCAGUCGAAGCCGUGACGAAUGUGCCUCUUAGCAAAGCAGCUUGGACACCAGAAGAAGAUAAGAAACUAGCUGAGGUUAUUGCAGUUCAUGGGGCAAAAAGGUGGAAGUCCAUUGCAUCCAAAGCAGGUCUAAAUCGGUGUGGCAAGAGUUGUAGGUUGAGAUGGUUAAACUAUCUCAGACCCAACAUCAAGAGGGGAAACAUAUCAGACCAGGAAGAGGAUUUGAUUCUUCGGCUUCAUAAACUCCUUGGAAACAGGUGGUCUUUAAUCGCCGGGAGACUACCAGGCCGAACAGAUAAUGAGAUAAAGAAUUAUUGGAAUUCUCAUUUGAGCAAGAAGAUAAAGCAGAUAGAGGAGCACUCGAGUGGGAGUUCAAAAAGAGAAGAGAAACAAGAGGUGGCGGUAGAGAAGAAGAUCCCUGAAGAAGCUGAGCUAACUAGAGAAGAGAUUUCCACUGAGGAAGCUGAAGACUCAUCAUCAAAACCCAAUUUUGAUGUGGAUGGCUUCUUUGAUUUUUCAGUAGAUGAAGGUCCAUUGAAUCUGGAGUGGGUUAGCCAGUUCCUUGAACUUGAUGAAACAACUCUUGGACUCUUCUCACAAUAAAACCUUCUUGUAUAAUAAGUUUUUGCCAUUUGGUACUGUUAAUAAAUGGCAGUCAUGGUAGGCAAAGAUAAUAUUCAUAUGCUUGAAGUGACGUAAGAGCCAUAAUUUGUGUUCUUCAUUAAUGGAUCAGCACCUUCUCAAUACUCUGAGAGUGAGACCUUUGUGAAAUAAGGGAGUCUACAUGGAUAUUCUUGGAAGGUGAUGGUAAGGAAACAUAUGAAAUCACAAGUGUAAUUAGUUCCAAUUCAUUGAUAUUUCGUGGUAUUUAA